AGUUGUCUUAGUUUUAAAAAUUGCCAGUCUCCCAACAACUGCUUGCCUGCCUACAACUGCCUGCCUACAACUACCUGCCUACAACUGCCUGCCUACAACUGCCUACCUACAACUGCCUAUCUACAACUGCCUGCCUAGAACUGCCUGUCUACAACUGCCUACCUACAACUGCCUACCUACAUAUGCCUAUCUACAACUGCCUGCCUACCACUGCCUGCCUACAACUGCCUACCUACAACUGCCUGCCUACAACUGCCUACCUACAACUGCCUACCUACAUUAUUGCCUACCUACAACUGCCUACCUACAAAUGCCUGCCUACAACUGCCUACCUACAACUGCCUGCCUACAACUGCCUACCUACAACUGCCUGCCUACAACUGCCUACCUACACUGCCUACCUACAAAUGCCUACCUACAAAUGCCUGCCUACAACUGCCUACCUACAACAUUCUCCCAAGAACUGCCUGUCUACAACUGUCUGCCUACCACUGCCUGCCGACAACUGCCUGCCUACCUACAACUUCCUGCCGACAACAGCCUAUCUACAACUGCCUUCCUACAAUUGGCUGCCUACAACUACCUGCCUACAUACAACUGUCUGCCUACCACUGCCUGCCGACAACUGCCUACCUACAACUGCCUACCUACAUAUGCCUACCUACAACUGCCUGCCUACAACUGCCUGCCUACAACUACCUGCCUACAACUACCUGCCUACAACUACCUGCCUACAACUGCCUGCCUACAACUGCCUGCCUACAACUACCUGUCUACAACUGUCUGCUACAACUGCCUGCCUACAACUACCUGCCUACAACUACCUGCCUACAACUGCCUGCCUACUACUGUCUGCCUACAACUACCUGCCUACAACUACCUGCCUACAACUGCCUACCUGCAACUGCCUGUCUGCCUACAACUGUCUGCCUACAACUGCCUGCCUACAACUACAUGUCUACAACUGCCUGUCUACAACUGCCUGCCUACAACUACCUGCCUACAACUGCCUGCCUACAACUGCCUACCUACAACUGCCUAUCUACAACUGCCUGCCUACAACUGCCUGUCUACAACUGCCUACCUACAACUGCCUACCUACAUAUGCCUAUCUACAACUGCCUGCCUACCACUGCCUGCCUACAACUGCCUACCUACAACUGCCUGCCUACAACUGCCUACCUACAAAUGCCUACCUACAAAUGCCUGCCUAUAA